UUUUUUUUUUUUUUUUUUUUUUUUUUUGCGCACAACGCAACAUCCUGCAUAGCGAACACAGAAGUAGCUCACACUGAUACUUGUGGAGAGAAAGAUGACCGACAGCAGGGGGAAUGAUGCAGCGGAGAAACUAUGACUAAAUCGUCACACGCGUAGACUCCUAUCUUAUGGGACGGCAGAGGUCAGGACCGAAGGAUUCUGAGAUGACUCUCAAUUGCCCCGGAAAGAGAAGAGCCAGGAGAGAGGAUAGGGGAGCAGGGAGCGAGUGAGUUCCAGGGUUACGCCGAGACGAUGGCCCAUGUUAAUCUGCAGACAGUUUCAGGAUUGUAUACGCGAGGAAGAACUAGGAAACUUUUCUUCCAUGCUCUACAGGAAGAACCAACAAAAGACAGGAGGAGGCGUGUGCGUGCGUAUUUGUUUAUGUAUGCGAACAAGAUGGAACAUGAGAGGGGUGGACGGGACGAAGGUCUAGCCUAUUUCUCCACUGCUUUUGCUGCUCACUCUUUUGAUCCAUCUGUAGAAGCACAACAAGCACAGAGCGGAGGCCGUUGCGCUUCGCGAUGGGGUCAAAGCGAACUGUGGCACCUGGGCGUGUGUCCGCUCCCCCUAUUGUUUGAUCCAUCGAAUAUCUAUCGGAUACACAAUUCUAUCCUCCUCCUUGUUUUCAACUCUGUUGCUUCGGUCAGGGUCCAGAGGGGAGCGAAGGUCGCGCCUGCCUUGACUAGCAUGACUACUGUGGAUCGUGGAAUGACGAAGCAACCAAGGCACUAAAGAAUGCAUGCAGUAACAUGCUAGAACAACCGUAAAAUGAGAAAAGGAUGCAGCUUGCAUGUAGACCAGUUUCGACGCAUUUUCACAUUCGCUUUAUCUUCCUUUCUGUCCAAUCCUGUUCAUCUACACAUGUGUGCAGCCAGUCGAUAGCAAUUUUUGUUGGUGAAGGAAGAAACAUAUUUCGCCACUAAUAUUUUGUGGGGAAAUUUUCGGUUUUCGUUGGGUAAUGCAACUCGCAUGAUAACGAAGGGAAAAAAAAAA